AUGAGCUCUGUCACGCGCGGGGCCUGGGCCCGCAUCGGCGCCAUGCCGCUCCUGCUCCUGACCAUCCUCUGCGCCCUCUUCGGUGCCUCGCACGCCCAGAACUCGACCACCACGUUCGCGCUCACGGGCACUAUCCGCCUCGACUUCACGGAGAACCUCAACACGCUAUCUGCCAUUCCCAAGAUCCGCGAGGGUCUCGAGACCUUCGUGGGGCCCCUCAUCGACACCUCCGCGGGCGACACCGUGUACGUCAAGGUCGUGGAGCUCCUGCGCCGCCGCGCCCUGCAGCAGGCCGGCCGGGAGGCUGACGACUACGUUGCCACCCUCUCCGUCACCUCCACGGACCGCACGCGCCUCGCGGCAGUCCAGAGCUCGCUGACGGUGUCGUCCGUGGCCACCGCCAUCGAGGACACGGUCGGCACGCGCCCCUCGGGCAACACCGCGCUCCGCGACUUCGCCAUCACCUCGGAGCUCACGCUGCGCACGAUCAUCCGCCUGGACUUCCCCACCAACCUGAACCCCGCGACGCGCAUCCCGGACAUGGAGGACGCCCUGAGCGCCCUCAUCGGAGCCACCCUCAACCCCGCGGCCGGCGACGUGGCGACCGUCACCAUCGUCGAGCUCACGCGCCGCAAGCUCCAGACCGUCGACGACUACAUCGUGACCAUCGUCGUCGUGUCCCCGAGCCUGCAGCGCCUGGAAGCAGUCAAGCUGGACCUGAACGUUGUGUCGGUGGCGGCCGCGCUGGAGGCGGCGGUGGGCUCCCGCCCCUCGGGCAACACGGCCAUCCAGUCGUCGACCAUCACCCUGCCCGACGGCAGCGUGGUUUCCGACGGCUCGUCCUCGGGCUCCGCGGCCGUGAUGGCCGGUGCCAUCGCGGGCAUCGUGAUCGGCGUGCUGGCCUUCGUGGCGCUGGUGGUCUUCCUGGUGCUGGCGAAGAAGAACGGAUGGUGCUGCUUCGGGAACAGCAAGCGGCCGGCCCGCGGCGGCAGCUCCAAGGAGGCCACGUUCGCGACCUACGAGGUGGGCGGAGAGGGUGCCAACGGUGCCAGCGACAGGUGGCCCGCCAACACUGCAUAA